AUGAGCGUACAAACGGGAUGUGAGGCUGUCUGGUGUCGCUAUUUCCCGACAACCCUCAAGGGAUUAGCGCUCAGUUGGUUCUCGGGCAUGUCACCCGGUAUCAUCACCAAUUUUUCAGUUCUGAAAGCAUUAUUUCACCAACAUUUCAUCGCUGGACGUAGGCACAAGAAGACCAGCAUCCAUCUAAUGUCAAUUAAGCAACAAGAGCACGAGAGCCUCGCUGAUUCCAUCAAGCGGUUUAAUGAGGAAUCAUUGAAGAUUUCAGAUCUUCAAGACGGGGUAGCAUUCACUGCCCUAAUGUCAGGAUUAUGGCCGAGGAAGUUCAGGUGGUCCCUUGCUGAAAACGCAGUUACAACCUUCACCGAGGCCCUGAGUCGGACACAAAAAUUCAUCCAAGCCUCCGACAUAUGCAAGCCUGUCGGGGAGAAGUCUAAGAAGAAGAAAGAAGAACUCCCUUACUGGGAAUUGAACAAAAAUAUGAGGAGCAACCAACAGCUCCUCCCGAGAGUGGCAGAUAAUGGGAACAACCCUCAUUUCAACAGAAAUAGGCGAGAAAUCUACCUUGAUCUCAAGCACAAGUCGGUAUUACCCAUUCCUCCUCCUGUAAGAACCUCAAAAGAUAGACGGGACCAGAGGUUAUGGUGUGAAUACCAUCGAAAGUAUGUUCACACCACAAAAUACUACAGGGAGUUGAAGAAGGCCUUGGAUCACUUGGCUGAUCAAGGAAAGCUGAACAGGUACAUCAAACAUCCCCGAGAGGAGAAGGAGAAGGAAAAGGAGACAAGAAAUGACAUCGAUAACACUGAUGGCUACGUCGGCGUUAUAGCCGGGGGAAAUGCCUCAGGAGGGGCGUCUUGCCGAGCCCGAAAGGCCCACCUUCAAUCGAUGACACACCGGGUAGUGGAAAUAGAGCCUACAAGGGCAGGAUGCCCAAUGAUGACGUUCGGGGAGCCUGAUCGGCACAUAAACACCCCCCAUGACGACCCAUUGGUCAUGGAAAUGAAAAUCGCCAAUUCUCGGGUAAAGAGGAUCCUUGUUGAUAGCAGUUCCUCAGCCGAUAUCAUCACACUUGAUUGUUUACUCAAGUUGAAGUAUACCGAGAAGGACGUGAUCCCUACUAGGCAACCGCUGAUAGGCUUCAGAGGCGGGUGCGUCUACCCUCCCGGGUACGUAAAGUUGACCGUGAGGCUCGGGGAGAGGGGAAAGGGGAGGAGUCUACCAGUGGACUUCCUAGUAGUCGAUACCCCGCUGCCUUACAACGCCAUCAUGGGCAGGCCCACCAUGAACAAGAUAAAGGCAGCCAUCUCGGUGUAUCAACUGUUGCUGCAAUCUGAAACCAAUGAUGGGCAAGUCGGGAAGAUAUACGGUGAUCAGCAAACAGCUCGGGAAUGCUACACCAACAGCUUCCGAAUAAGGGCACACGAGGAGAGGAACGAGAAGAAAAGAAAAAGAGAAGAGCCAGCAGACUCCCCCACUAGACUCAAAGUUUAUAUAUCGGAGAAUCCCAAGCUCUAUGAACGACCCUGA